CACAGCUAAUCACGUGAUGUGGUAAAAGGCCAAUCACAGCGGCCUUUUACCACAUGAUCAGCCAUGUCCAAUGACACGCUGAUCACCGGGAAAUGCAGUUGCCGGUUCUCGGCUGCACUUUCCUCACGCUGGCACUGAUAAUUAGUGCCCUGAUGAUCAGUGCCCAGCAGUGCCACUCACCAGUUCCGCCCACCUGUGACCAGCAGUGCACCCACCUGUGCCCAGCAGUGCGCCCAGCUGUGCCCAUCAGCGCACCCACCUGUGCCUAGCAGUGCGCCCACCCUGUGCCCA